AUGAUAAAGAUCUUCAAGUUAAAACAGGAUCAUGUGAAACAAAUGCAGGCAACGACACAACACAUUCAAAACAAAAUUCAAACGGAGGCUAUUAUUGACAUAUAUACGACUGUAUGUGAAGUUAUGCCACCAAUAAUUCAAACAAUGCAAUUAUUUUAUCGUAUACUUGAAAAACAGAACACUAAUAUUCAUGUCGAGGAACAUGAACGACAAGAUAACAAUCGAAUACUGGCUGAAACAUUAAUUAUAAUUAAUACAUUGUCUGAUCGUCUACAACUUGCUAAUGAUCAUCACCAGAAAUUACAAACACUGAUGACAAAACAUAAUGAGUUAUUGAUUCAAGGCACGAACUAUUUGAAUCAACAGCAUAAUGAAUAG